UGUUAUAGCAGAGUACAUAGUUUAAGGACGAAUAAAGCAAUUGUAUCGAUUCGAAUCGGUUCAUCUCCAUUGAACACGAUUCCUAGUGAAGUUACUUCCGAGGCGAAAAUUGAAGAUUCAUCGUUCAUAACAGCAUGCUUCAGCCGAAAAAACAAACCAUGGUAAGCCAAUCCGUAAUGAUCACGUCUCCGAAGAAAGUGCCGAAAACACUGACGCUUCCACCAAGUCCACCCUCACCGGCCACCCCUCCGCCAGCCAACGGGUCCUUCUACAGCGAGUCGGACUACGACCUGAGGUUCGCCUACCAGAACUAUGACCUGUAUCGAAGUGUUAUUGAAAUCGCUCUGACCGUGUCGUUCUUGGCGGCUACAACCAACCAGUUGCGGUUGCUGAUAAGCUUUCGCGAGUCGCAGGGUUUCAUUGUCAGUACCGUUCUGGUCACUUUGUCGCUGAUGAUGCAGCUGGUGAUUGCGAUCAUUGUGGUGACAAUUGCGGUGAACGAUCAUUAUCGGUGGAUCAAGCUGAAAGCGGCCACUGCCAUGGUGGCCAUCCUGCUGACGGUGGUGAACGUGGUGAUUCCGUUUAUAAUCAACUUCGAGCACUCACAUGUAGAUUUCGGUAGAAUUUAUCCACACUGAUGAUGGUGCUGUGUACUGCAUAGUUGAAGGGAUUAGGAAAGAAGCUAA